ACUUCAAGAAGAAGAAGAACUUUUAAACAGCUGACUGCUGUUUUUAUUUGAUUUACAUUUUUAAGAAAUAAUGCAGUUAAAUACUGUUUAUAUUACCGUGGGCACCACAAAAUUCGAUGACCUGAUAGGCGUCGUAAAAUCGGAACCUUCUCUCAGAGCUCUGCAGGCACGUAAGUGCCGAAAACUCAUGGUGCAACAUGGCAAUUCAGAGCCUUUGGCGGAUGAGGAAACCCAACUGAUAAGCAAAAGAUACGGAAUCCAGGUGGAACAAUACAAAUUCCGGCCGAAUCAGGAGGAUAUAAGGGCUGCUGACCUAAUUAUUGGACAUGCCGGGGCUGGCACUUGCAUGGACAUACUGAACAACCAGAAAUAUGGACUGAUUGUGAUCAACGAUAAGCUAAUGGACAAUCAUCAACUGGAGCUGGCCCGGCAACUGGCCGCUGAGAACUAUAUCUACUACUGUGGGGUCACGGAUGUGAGCGCUAAGCUGGCCACGUUGGAUUUUGAAGCCCUGAGACCCUACGAAACGCAACCCCAAAAUAUGCAGAAAUUCGUUCAAGCUUUAAAUGAUCUCAUGACUGGUUAGACUUUAUUUUUAAAUAAA